CCCUUUCCCCGCCGCGUUCUUCCCUUGACGCGAUUGCAGGGCAUAAGCGGGCGAGUCGGGACAUCUCAGAGCGGUCAGUUUCCUCGCCAGCAAGAAUAACGACGAGGAAAGACAAGUACCAAGCUAGAGCGGCAGGAAAUAGUUUUCGACGACAAGGAAGCGGAUGCGGAACUGAGUUGGUUCCGGCGUUGGGACAUGGAGUCCAGGCAGCAGCCGGUGUGGCGCGGCCUGCGGCUCCUUGGCAGAGAUGGAGACAACCCCGGGUUGGGUCCUGGUGGCUGUGAGAGGCGGCUGCUGUGGGCCGCGUCCUUGCUGUGCGUCCUGCUGGAUCUGCAGUUGCCAGGUUUGCUGGCUGCUGGGCAAGCUGAGAUCGAAAACCACCUGGAAAUGGGGCGGAAGCUAUUGGCAGCUGGGCAGCUGGCUGAGGCACUCUCUCACUACCACUCUGCAGUGGAAAGUGAUCCCAAAAACUACCUUACCUAUUACAAACGGGCAACUAUCUACUUGGCCAUGGGCAAGUUCAAAUCAGCACUACCUGACCUCUCGAAGGCUAUUGAACUGAAGCCGGACUUCCUGGCUGCCCGGCUACAACGAGGCAACAUCCUCCUGAAGGAAGGCAGCACACAGGAGGCCAAGCAGGACUUCGAAGCUGUGCUCAAGAGCAAUCCAGAUAACACAGAGGCCCAAAACCAGCUUGCACGUGUGUCUGAGCUAGAAUAUUCCAUGCAAGAAGCCCAAACCGCCUUUCAGAGGAAAAACUACCUGGGAGCAAUCAGUAUUUUGGAUCGAGCAAUUGAGAUUUCCCCCUGGGACCCAGAAGCAAAAGAGCUGCGCUCCGAGUGCCACCUGUACCUCGGCGACCACAGCAAGGCCAUCAUGGACCUGAAACCCACCACCAAGCUGCGUAACGACAACAGGGCAGCCUUCCUGAAGCUCAGCAAGCUCUAUUACAACUUGGGGGAGCACGAGGAGUCCUUAAACCAAGUGCGGGAGUGCCUGAAGCUGGAUCAGGAUGACAAGGCCUGCUUCUCCCACUACAAGCAAGUGAAGAAGCUUGCCAAACAGCUGGAAUCUGCAGAGGAACACGUCAGCGCUCAGAGGUACGGAGAUGCCAUAGAGAAGUAUAAAGCGGCCAUGAAAACAGAGCCCAACGUGGAGAUCUACGUGGCUAAAGCAAAAGGGCGCAUCUGCCACUGUUUGUCCAAGAGCAAAAAACCUCAUGAAGCUAUAGAUAUCUGCACAGAAGCCCAUCAGCUUGACCCCAGGAACAUCUUCAUCCUGUGUGACAGAGCUGAAGCCUAUAUCCUGAAUGAGGAGUUUGAGAAAGCUGUCGAAGACUAUCAAGAGGCCAAAGAGUUUGACAGUGAAAAUGAGGAAUUAAAAGAAGGGUUGGAGAGGGCACAGAAACUGCUGAAGCAGUCCAAGAAGCGAGACUACUACAAAAUCCUUGGGAUCCGGAGGAAUGCAAAUAAGCAGGAAAUCAUCAAAGCCUACCGGAAGCUGGCUCAGCAAUGGCACCCUGACAAUUUCCAGUCAGAAGAUGAGAAAAAAGAGGCUGAGAAGAAAUUCAUUGACAUUGCAGCUGCUAAAGAAGUCCUGACAGAUCCAGAAAUGCGACAGAAGUUUGACUCCGGUGAGGACCCGCUAGACCCAGAAAACCAGCAAGGAGGGGCAGGACAUCAGCACCAGUGGCCGUUCGAAUUCAACCCUUUUGGCUCUGGGAACUUCCACUUCAAAUUUCACUUCAAUUAAGUUGGCUGAGCCCAAAACAGGAAGGCGAAAGAAACUGUGGCUGCAAACAGGCGCACGGACCUCUGGGCUAUGCUUUGCUGACGCAGAGACUACAAGAGUUACCAGUCCCCAUCAGAAGACAACCGCUAUGCAAUGGGGUGUGUGUGUGUGGAGGUUCCUUCCUUACUGUAUUCAAACAUCCCUGGUCAGGUGUCCGGAUGCUCCUUCCUAAGAGAGCUGAAGCCUGAAGGAAGAUGGUGUUGCCUUGCCUCCAGUCGUGGUUCCCAAGAAAUGGUUGCUGCGAGGUGGGCCGUACCAUGCAUGCAGGGCCUUGCAUACCUCUCUGAAAAUCCUGCCUUUCACGGUGGCCCUUGCAACUCUGAGUUGAAUUCUGCAGCCUGACUUAGGGGGGCAAUGGGAUAUGCCUCUCAUGUGUUUACGGAGAGUCUUUUUAAGCUGGUGGCAAGGAAACAGGAACUGAUUCCUUCUACUCCUUACCCCUGCUGUCCUUACAAAAUCCUUCACCACCAUGUAACCAGCAGCUCAAGAGGGGGCAAAAAUUCCUCUCAUUUUAAUUUGAAAAAAAAAUGAGGGGAAGAGUGCACAAUUUGUUCUGCUUGCCUGUUGGCAUCUGUUUGAGUUUGCCUAUCCAAGAAAACGUCAGCCUUGAGUAAUGUGAUGUGUGUGAUGAGCUCUGUUAACUGCUGUUGAUGGGGUGGGGAACCACCUCUGAAUCCUGCACAGUCUUCCUCCAUAGCAACAUCCUGUGAUGUGCCGAUAUGGCUAUUAAUCUUGUAAAGGCAGGGAGAAGCACCUCUCAUUACUACCCACUUUCACUAGACGGGAUGAAAAAGGUCUGAAGGUUGCCGGCCUUUUUUUUUUUUUAUGUUGUGAGUCACCCUAUUAUGUGGCAAUAAUUUGUCUUGUCUUUAUAGUAGGGUGGAUUCUGGUAUUGCACAUUGACUUCUCUCUUUCUCCGAAUACGAAGGGGAUUAUAACGAAGAAUCCACUCUGGAUGUGGGAGAAAAGAGCUUACUUCACACAUCCCCCGUCUCAUAAAAUUGCUGUCCUUCCUUGCCCCAAGUUUGACUGUUACAUGUGUCGUUUGCAAGUCUGAUAUUCUACAACAAAGUGGGGGCACUCAUUUCCUCUAAUUUAUUGCAGCUAGGCAAAAUAAAAUAAAAUUCUUAACUUUUCUCCCUGUUCCAAGGCAGGAAGGGAGGCAUCGCCAUUUCUGUUUCCACUUCACCCCAUCACAGCACAGUAGUUAAAAUAAAUAUCCUGAUCUGUUCUAGUCAUCACCCAGUGGCUGAGAGAAGGAACUUGAAGGAGGGGUGUUUAAACAGCCACCUUCACCAGAAGUGUCAAGAUUAAACGUUUGUACUGCAAAA